AUGAAGAAUGGAUUGAGCCAACUUGACUCCAAAAUAUUGAUUGGAGAUAACAAUUUGAAAGCAAACCUGAGUGAAGCAAAUUUGAGGAUGAACAAAAUGUUUUCGAUAUCCGGUUGGUUCAGAGCAAGCAAUAAUCUCAUUUACAAGCGUUUCACUGAUUUUGUCAACUACGCAACUGCAAAGGCUCAAUGUGAAGAAAUGGGAGCUCGUUUGGUUUCAACUGGAAUUAGGAACAACCAAGUGAAAAAUGAAAUAUUCCCGAAACAUUACCUAACUGGAGCGUAUGCAUGGAUAGGAUUGGACGACAUAAGCAAGGAAGGAAUUUGGGUUUGGUCGGAUGGAGGAAAUGAAUCAACAAGCGCAAUAUGGCAAUCGUCACAACCAAACGGGGGCAGAAGAGAAAACUGUGCAGUAAUCGUAUUGCCUGGUGCUCUUGAUAUUGCGUGCUCUGUAGUCCAAAGAUUUGUUUGCGAAAGGGAAUUUGCAUGACGUUUUUCGUAUCAAGGAAUGAUAUUUUUAAAUUUAAUUCUAAAUUAAUUUCUGAUAUUGCAAUUUAAUUUCCUGUCUGUUUAUGAGUAAAGAAAAAUAAACCCUAUAGAAUUGACUGACUUAUAGUUUAAAACAU